GUUACUAAGAUUUGUAUGUUUUGUGAGCUGUGUCCACUUUCCUGUUUGUUCCAGAAUGGAAAGCAUCAGGGUUGUGAAGAGGAGCGACCACUUCCUCAGAAAACACAGGAAGUGCCCAUUUUCACCCUUCAAAACCAAAUGGCAUCAAACCUUCAAUCAGGAUGAAGCUCUGCGGGCCAUUAAACAAGCUGCAAAUUCGCCGAAACAACCCAAUUCCGACGAACCCUACCUUCUUUCGGUUCUUAUAAGCUCCUUCAGAGCCUAUUGCUGCGAUCCAACCCCCAAUGCCUACCACUUCGUCCUCAAAACCUUUGUUCGAAGCUCACAGUUCCACUACAUUGCCGCUGUUCUCGAUCGUCUCGAACGCGUCGAGAAAUUUGAAACCCCAGAGUACAUAUUUGUCGACCUCCUCAAAGUUUACGGACGAGUCAACCGAAUUCAAGAUGCCAUCACUCUGUUCCGUAGGAUUCCCAUGUUUAGGUGCGUUCCUUCUGCGCUCUCACUCAACUCUCUACUUUUCCUGCUCUGUAGAAAUGGCGAAGGUCUUCGAAUAGUUCCUGAGAUCAUAUUGAGUAGCCAGACUAUGGGUAUUAGGCUUGAAGAGUCCACUUUUCGGAUACUAAUUACUGCGUUAUGUAAAAUUUAUAAAGUUGGGCAUGCAAUGGAGCUUUUCAAUUAUAUGAUAACUGAAGGGUAUGGUCUGAACCCUGGAAUCUCCUCUUUGAUAUUGGCAUCGCUAUGUGAGCAUAAGAAAUCCACUGGUAAUGUGGUUCUUACCUUUCUGGAACAAAUGAGGCUAAAAGGAUUCUGUCCCGGUGUUGUGGAUUAUUCUAAUGUAAUUAAGUUCUUGGUUAGGAGAGGGCUGAGUUCAGACGCUCUUGAUCUGUUGAAUAAAAUGAAGGCCGAUGGUUUCAAGCCUGACAUUGUUUGUUAUACUAUGGUCUUGAAUGGGGUGAUUGCGGAUGGGGAUUAUAAGAUGGCAGAUGAACUGUUUGAUGAAUUGCUUCUCUUUGGUUUAGUUCCUGAUAUUUAUACAUACAACGUGUACAUACAUGGAUUAUGCAAACAAGGCAAUUGGGAAGCAGGGAUUCAAAUGAUUUUGCCUAUGGAGGAAUUGGGGUGCAAACCUGAUGUGAUCACUUACAAUAUUCUCUUGGAAUGUUUGUGUAAAAUCGGUGAACUUGAUGAGGCAAGGAAGCUUCGAGGUAACAUGCAACUAAAGGGUCUGGCAAAAAACGUGCGGACUUUUACGAUUAUGAUCAGUGGGUUGUUUAAUAACGGUGAUGUAAUUGAAGCUUGUAUCCUAUUGGAGGAAAUGCUAGUAAGUCGUUUCCCUCCUCAGAUUUCAACUUUUGGUGAGAUACUUUCUUGGCUGUGCAAAAGGGACAUGGUAGGCAAAGCGCUUGAGCUGCUCACGUUAAUGGUUGGCAUGAACUUUUCCCCUGGUCCUAAGGCUUGGGAAACACUGCUCCUGAGCUCUGAAAGUGAAUUAACUUCUGUUAAGAGCCUUGAAACUACUUUAGAAGAUUUAGUAGGCAUCUGAACAAGCUCAACCCCCGCAGAUUUUGGAGUCCUUAAUCUAUACAAGUCCUCAAGGCUAUGCUGCUACGCUUGAACUGAUCUUCAUUUAGUUCAGUCGGACUAGCCUUUGUUUCACCCUACUUUCAAGAAGGUGAGGGCAACAGGUAUGUUCAAAUGCUGUUAUUCCCUUGCAUAAUCUACAAAAGAUCCUUUUCAUGAGAAAGCAAUAUUUCUCGGGCAAGAUGGAGUGUUUGCUAUUUUAUGGGGUGUUUGGAGCGAGUGGGAUAAUAUAAUCUUCUUUUUCAAUGUUUGAUCCCUUGUUAGAUUCUUUAUUACUCGUUGGGUCUCGGUGACAAGGUAUUGCAAUGACAACUUUGUUUGAGCUAACUGCUGGUGUUGUGGUAAAAGGAGAGCAUGCACCCUUCAACUUCAGGGGCUGGUUAAAGGUUACUUAUUCUGAUGGCGUAACUGUAAGUGGAUGCUUAAUCAAUGCUUACUUUUUUUUCGAGCCAAAUUAUAAAUCUUCAUUUACAUAGCACGUAAUGCACUUUUUAACUUUCCUCAUAUUUUUUGUUAUCAAAGAUGAUCCACUCGAGCAUUAUUUAUUAUUGUUUUUUCACAAUACUUUGCUCUACUGUAAGGAUGGCAUAUUUAAUCCUACGCUGUGUAUAUAGUGGAAACUUUCGCUAGCUUGGCAAGAAAAUGAGCAUGUUAUCUGAUCCUAAUUGAUUAGUCUGCUUUAAAGUAUAUUAAGUGAUAUGGAUCUACGAACCCAAGCUAAUACAAUCCUGCUAUCAUGUCAUUGUCGACUGGCACAGAUGAGAUGAGUGUCAGUCUGGCAUCUUCUAGUUAGUGGUUGUUUUCAAUUAGAUAUAUCGUAUAUUUAGUAUGAAAGAGCGGUGGGGAGUGAUGAGGAUGUUCUACCAUUUUAGUUCAGAUAAAUAAGGAUAAAACUUAUCUGAUCCUGCAUGCAGUCAAGGUCAACCUCAAGUUUUUCGUCUUUGAUAUGGCCACGGGACUUCAUUUCCUUGUAUUCUUCUACAAGAAAUAGUUGAUUGUUUUUGAACCAAAGGCCGGUUGCUAAUGAAUUUGAACUUUUGAAAGUACCUAGAUAUUAGAUCAGAUCAGCUAAAGUUCCUUUGGGUGAUUGGGUCUACAUACGUGCAAGAAAGUUGAACUUAGAACUUUCUAGUGGGAGUUAAGUAAAUUGGAUCUCCUACCACAUUAGGGAGUCCCUGGGAAUGGAUUCUUUUUCCUUGUAAAAAGAAUUGAUGUGAAGAGUGGUCAGCUUUCAAUUUUGGGCUGAAAAGGGGGAUUUUAAAGGUUAAACCUAUGUAGGAUAAUGUUUUUGUACAAGCAGAUGGGUUGUCUUCAGGAAUAGUGUCAAACACCUGUUCUCUACUUCUUGUAACAAUGUUUUUUAAAAAACCAUUAAAAAUGUAUUUGACAAGUAAAUGUUUUGUGUGAAGUUGGUUUUAGAUAGGCCUUAAGUUUGGAAUAAUUUUAUUGUUUACAGAAAUGACAAAAGACACAAAGGGAUAGCAGGAAUAGUUGCAUUGUAACUUUUGAACAGUAUUGAAUCCACUUUUUACUCACAACUGCAUAAAAAAUUUCUGAAAAUUGUUCCACAUGGAAAUCACUCAAAACCAUAUCCUAAGUUGAUUCUACGUAGCUUUUAGUUGGUUUGGUAAGAAAAGGAAAAAGAAGUGAGAAAGCUUUUUUAGUUGGUACCAAUAGGAUGAGAAGAAACUUUUUUUUUUUUUUUUUCUUUUUUUCUUGAGGGCAGCUCCGAGUUGAAUCUCACUCCCCAUCUACUUUUGACGAUCUCUGGAGUUCCACUAAUGGAAGUUGGAAGCUGUUGUAGAAUUAAAAUAUAUAUUCGAACGAACCUUACAUAAACCUAACAUAUUGGUAACUAAAAAAACAAGAAAUCUAGGAUUUCUCUAUUUAAUAUUCUAAGGCCCUACACAGUUGGCUACACUAGAAGGGUGGGAUGUCUUUAUUCCUAGUGGCUCAACACAAGUCAUUACAUGAAAAAAAAACAUAAACGAAAGUGAACCAAAAAACUUUCAAACUAUCUUAUCUUCGAAAAGAGAGAUCUCCACAAGGAUUUGAUAAUGAUAAUACUCAUAUAGUUGCCAACUUUUCAAUUUUGAAUUUGCUCAAAAGCCAUUUGACUUUUUGUGCUCACACUUUCGUCAAGCUCACAUUUCCAAGUAUAUGAUGUCGAUACAACUUAAUGUUAAUGUCAGGCUAUUAAUUAAUCACAAAUAAGAGUUACGUCUAUUUAUAUUUUUACCUUAACAAUUGCAGCUCACCUCUCUUCUGCUUGCAUUGCUCCUUUUUACUUUGAUAUAGUGAACUUUGGCAUUAUUGUUGGGACAACUGUUUCCGUGUAUGUCUACUGUGGAUAUUAAGUGGAUUAAUUCCACAUCUAGUUUGAUUGAUGGAUGGAAGAUUCGAUUUGAAAUCAGUCAAUUUAUUUCACUUAUUGUGAAUUAAGUGAAUGAUUGUUCGAGUUUUUGAAGAUUGGUUAUAAUUUACUGUAGACAACCGACCUCGGAGAACCUCUGUCUGCACAUGAGGUCCAUAGCACUUGCUGCUUAAACUCAACUGCCAAGAACAGCUAUCAUACUUUGAAUAGCUUACUACUAGCUACUUAGCUAUUAGGUUUAGCUAUUAGGUUCAGAACCAGAACCAGCGACAAGGGGAGGAGAAUCUAGCUGUGGUUCUUUGGUUGCAGCACCAUCAUACUGAACUACCUGUUUUCCUCUUGGAAAGAGUGCAUUCCUUGGAAAAAUUUAUCGAGCAUCAUAUUCAUAUUUACAAACAUUCUUUUAACACUAGUAGACUUCACGUCAUUUUGUUAAAAAUGUUGAAAUGAUGUGAAGAUAGUAUCCUAGUCCUGAAAUUUUCUCAUGCCGCCAUUCAUUAUUCUUGAAUUCAUGAAUUGUGCAACUCUCAAGGGAAUGUUUCUAUUUGAUUGGGUUUAAAAAGUGUGUUGUUGUUUU